AUGAGCGCUAAAAUGAAUCUUUCUGAGAGACUGAGAAAAGUCCUGAGUCUGAUUCAGGGUGAGGUAUCAGACUCACCUGAACCGAGCUGUGUGUCCAUGAAGAGUGAUCGGUCAAUGGAAGAUCCGCCAAAUUUCAGUGAUCGAGACCAUUCUACUGAUCUCAGAUUGGUGGACAGUAAAAGAUCAGACUCACCUGAACCCAGCUGUGUGUCUAUGAAGAGUGAUCGGUCAAUGGAAGACCCACCAAAUUUCAGAGACCGUUCUACUGAUAUGAGUGAUGCUUUUGUUUACAGAAACCAAGAGAAAUUAAAGAAAUCACAAAGAAGCAGCAGAACUGAGUUGGAUUCCAUAUUUAAGGAGCUGGAGCAGAAAAUCAUCACUCUGUUGAAAAAUGAGCUAAAUAAAUAUAAGAAGAUACUGAGUCCAGAUUACCCAGAAUGUUCUAAGGUGAAGGAGGAGGAGAAUCAAUGUAACUUCAGGGAGGAGGCACUGAAGAUCACACUACAUGUCUUGAAGAAGAUGAACCAGACAGAUUUAGCCAACACACUGCAGACCAAGCUGGUCCCUGUUCAUCAGAGGAACCUCAAAACCAAACUGAUUGAAAAACAUAAACGAAUUAAUGAAGGAAUCUCACAGCAUAAAUCACCAUUUAUUUUGAAUGAGAUCUUCACAGAGCUCUACAUCACAGAGGGUUGGAGUGGAGACAUCAAUAAUGAACAUGAGGUCAGACAGAUUGAAGCAGCUUUCAGGAGACCAGCAACACAGGAGAAACCCAUUGAAUGCAACAACCUCUUUAAAGACACGUCUAUCAGAACUGUGCUGACUAAAGGAAUCGCUGGAAUUGGAAAAACAGUCUCAGUGCAGAAGUUCAUUCUGGACUGGGCUGAAGGAAAAGCAAAUCAGGAUGUCAUCUUCAUAUUUCCACUUCCUUUUAGAGAGCUGAACUUGAUGAAGAAGAAAAAUCUUAGUCUGAUGGAUCUUCUUCAUUAUCUUUUUCCAGAACUGAAGAAAUUACAAUUUGUAAGUUGCAGCACCCACAAGAUGAUUUUCAUAUUUGAUGGUCUGGAUGAGUGUCGACUUCCUUUAAAUUUCCAGGACAAUGGGAUUGUGUGUGAUGUAACAGAAUCAGUCUCAGUGGAUGUGCUGCUGACAAACCUUAUCAAGGGAAACCUGCUUUCCUCUGCUCACCUCUGGAUCACCUCUCGACCAGGAGCAGCCAAUCAGAUCCCUCCUGAGUGUGUAGACCAGGUAACAGAGGUGCGAGGGUUCAGUGACCCUCAGAAAGAGGAGUACUUCAGGAAGAGGAUCAGUGAUGAGAACCUGGCUAGUAAAAUUAUCAAACACAUAAAGUCAUCAAGAAGCCUCUACAUCAUGUGUCACAUUCCAGUGUUCUGCUGGAUCUCAGCCUCUGUUCUAGAGAGAAUUCUGGAUGGAGCCGAGGGGAAAGAGAUCCCCAAAACUCUGACUCAAAUGUUCACUUACUUUCUGAUAUUUCAGAUUAAACACAGGGAACAAAAGUACCAUGGGAAAUCUGACCCUGAUCCACACCAGACCAGAGAGAUGAUACUGGCACUGGGAAAACUGGCCUUCAUACAGCUGGAUAAAGGAAACCUGAUCUUCUAUGAGGAAGACCUGACAGAGUGCGGCAUUGAUGUCAAAAACACAUUAGUGUACUCAGGGGUCUGCACUCAAAUCUUCAAAAAAGAGGCUGGACUGCACCUGGGUCAGGUCUUCAGCUUUGUGCACCUGAGUGUUCAGGAGUUUCUGGCUGCUUUAUAUGUAUUUCUCACCUUCAUCAACAAAAACAGAAAUGUGCAGGUGAUGCAAAACACUGGAUUUUUUAACAUUUUUAGAAACUCUAUGUCUGACUUUCUGAAGAGUGCAGUGGACAAGGCCUUACAGAGUAAGAAUGGACACCUGGAUCUUUUCCUCCGCUUCCUCCUGGGUCUCUCACUGGAUUCCAAUCAAACUCUUUUACGAGGCCUACUGUCACAAACAGAAAGUAGCUCUUACAACAAAGAGGAAACAGUCAGGUACAUCAAGGAGAAGAUUAGUGAGAAUCUCUCUACAGAGAAAUCCAUCAAUCUGUUCCACUGUCUGAAUGAACUGAACGAUGAUUCUCUAGUGCGGGAAGUCCAACAAUACCUGAACAGAAAAGUUUAUGUUGAUCACAAUAGACUCCAUCUGUCUCCUGCUCAGUGGUCGGCUCUGGUGUUUGUGUUGCUGAACUCAGAUCAGGAGCUGGAUGUGUUUGAUUUGAGGAAAUAUUAUCCAUCACAUAAAGGUCUUCUGAAGAUGCUGCCAGUGGUAAAAGUUUCUAAAAGAGCUGAGUUGAGGAAUUGUAAUCUAACAGAGGAAAGUUGUGAAGUUCUGUCCUCAGUUCUCAGUUUAAACUCCUCCAGUCUGAAACAUCUGAACCUGAGUUACAAUAAACUGAAGGAUUCAGGUGUGAAGCUGCUCUCUGCUGGACUAGAGAAUCCACACUGUAAACUGGAGAUACUGGAGUUGUGGGAUUGUGAUCUAACAGAGCAAAGUUGUGAAGUUCUGUCCUCAGUUCUCAGUUUAAACUCCUCCAGUCUGAAACAUCUGGACCUGGGUAACAAUAAACUGAAGGAUUCAGGAGUGAAGCUGCUCUCUGCUGGACUGGAGAAUCCACACUGUAAACUGAAGAUACUGUGGUUAAAUAGCUGCAGUAUCACAGAUGAAGGUUUUACUGCUCUGGCUUCAGCUCUGAAAUCAAAUCCAUCAUCACGUCUGAGAGAACUGCAUCUGAACCAGAAUCAUCCAGGAGAAUCAGGAGUAAAACUGCUCAAAGAUCUACAGGUGGAUCCACAAUGUAACCUAGAAAAACUAAGGUUCUGAUUCUAAUACACAUUGAAUUAUGAGAUGAAGAGCAGUGAAGAUAAACACCAUCUACUCUUCACACUGGG